CCCACAUCCAGCCCAGUGAGCAGCUCAACCAAUCACAGGAGGGGGACCACACAGUUGUGUUUGCAUGGAGCCUGAAUAAGAGCCGCGGCUUCUUCCUCCACCGACUCAUCCAUUGCUGUGAAGCUCUGAAUAACCAGGAUGCCUGAACCCGCCAAGUCCGCCCCCAAGAAGGGCUCCAAGAAAGCCGUGACCAAGACCGCCGGUAAGGGCGGCAAGAAGAAGAGGAAGACCAGGAGGGAGAGCUACGCCAUCUAUGUGUACAAGGUGCUCAAGCAGGUGCACCCCGACACCGGCAUCUCCUCCAAGGCCAUGAGCAUCAUGAACUCCUUCGUCAACGACAUCUUUGAGCGCAUCGCUGCCGAGGCGUCUCGUCUGGCUCACUACAACAAGCGCUCCACCAUCACCUCCAGGGAGAUCCAGACCGCCGUGCGUCUCCUGCUGCCCGGGGAGCUGGCUAAGCACGCCGUGUCCGAGGGCACCAAGGCCGUCACCAAGUACACCAGCUCCAAGUAAACAGCGCAGCUGCUGCACUCACUCAAUACAACGGCUCUUUUAAGAGCCACUCACUUCAUCUCAAGACAAACUCUCAACACACAUCACACCUCUCACCAUCACUCUCAUUACUGCAACACAUCUUGCAGCUCACACACAAUAACAGCUGCAGCACUUUCUUCACUCUUUACAAGUGUGGAAGGGAAGGAAACAAGAGGGUAGCAGUAGGACUCAGGUCAGGGAGCAGGGUCUAUCAAAGAGGUGGGGAAACUCACCUGGGCUUCACUGAGGCACACCUGAGUGAUCAGCUGAGGCCUGUUUGGUGCCUCAUUACUUAUUUUGUUCAACAAGGUUAAACUCAUGACUCCAACAGGGAGACUGUAGCACUGAUGUAUUUCCUCAUACAAUCAAGUUAAAGAUGAGUUCAUUGUUGAACUAAGUUGUUUGUUCAAUUCUUCAUGUUCAUUCAGUUUAUAAAUGUUCAGUUUUUACUCUCUAAUGUGACAUUAACAUGGUUCUUUGUAAAUAUAGAUUCGUCGCCUGCAUGUCUCCUAAUUAGUGGAGGUCACUGCUCCAUUUGAUUUUUACUUUCAUUUCUUUUGUACAUUGAUGUUUUCUUUCCAAUUUUAAAUUCACUUUCUUCAGAGUCUCUUUUCAGCUGUGACUGAAGACAUGAAAAGGUUUUUGUGUUUAUCUUUAACAAAGAU